CAAUAAUUGACUCUAAAGACAAACCGAGGCACAUGCCCCACCAUGCACAUGUGCGGACUUCAAGCCGUUCUCGAGUGCACACGCGCCUCACUUUUCUUUUUUUUCUCUCCUCUUUUUAUUUGACUUGUUCUUUUCUCCUUCUCUCAUUCAUUUGGCACACAUUUAAAGAAAAAGUCAGAGAUGGGUGCUUUAUUUUCAAAGCAAAAGACCGACCCAAAUGAUUAUGAAAAGAUCCUCUCCGAACUCGACGAAAGCAUUCAAAAGGCUGAAGUGAGACUUUCGGAAAUCAAGAUUCGAGAACGUCGAACGGGUCUUUUAUGGAUAAUAUACGGUACAAUUGCUUGGGCAGCCUUCUUGUUGUACAGUUUUAUCGUACUUCACGGAGAAGGUGACGAACAUGAAUGGAACACACUUGCAGUGACUUUGUUACCUGUUCUCGUGAUUCCACUAGGAAUCUACUACACGCGUCGAUUAUUGAAAUGGUUCUAUACCCGAAAACAAACAAACGAAGAAGCCAACCUGGCCGCUCUACGCGCACAACAAAAACUCAAGGUUGAAGAGCUGAAAAAGAAGACAUCCUACUACACGACAAAGUCAUUAUUGGAAAGAUACGAUUUGGCUGCUGCACAGAGGAGGAAACAAGAACAGCAGGCUCAACAACGGGCCAUGGCAACCGGUGCUACCCCACGUCAACAACAACCAGGUGCACAGCAACAGCAGCUGAGACAACGAAGUGGAGGACCAGGUCCAUCACCACAGGGACAGGGCAUGGUCCAACCGCAACAAGGUGGUGGCCCUGCUGCCGCCGCUGCUGCUACUGCAGGCACCAGAGGACUCGCGCCAGUACAUUUACAAGCAAGGACACCUGUUCCCCAGCAGCCAAAAGAACGUCAAUGGUACGACAAGCUGGUCGAUGCUUUGGUAGGAGAAGAAGGACCCGAAACAAAGUAUGCCUUAAUAUGUCGUCAUUGCUUUACACAUAAUGGAUUGGUGCUGCCUCAAGAAAUCGACCUCAUACAAUAUACCUGCCCAAAUUGCAAACAAUUCAAUCCCGCACGAAAGUUAGCAAACGUCCCCGCAUCACCAACGCCACCUCCGCCACAACAGCAAUCAUCGCCAUCGCCAUCAUCAUCUACCAACGAAAUUCACAAAGAACAGCAUCUAUCACCCAUCACUGGAGAGAACGGAUCGAACCACAACCAUCAUCAUGAACAGCACCCGUCACCCAGACCUGAACCUGAAUUGGAACCAUACAAAGUCUCAGAUGAAGAAGAUGAAGCUGAGGAUGGCGAUAACAAAAAGAGCGUUCCCAACACUACGAAUGCUGAGGGUAUCAAGGCUUCAUGAAUGAAUGAAUGAAUCGACGGUCAUAUCUCACUUAUUCUUUGUCUAAUUCUACUACUUUAGCUCAUAUUUUUCUCCUCUUUCCAUCAUUUAUUUUCGCUAUUCUUUGUGGCAUUCAUUACAUGCAUGCAUCAUUAUCUUUUAUUAUCUAACGCAUAUUGCUUGUCGGGACAUAUGCAUUCUUUGCUGGGCAUUACGGAAGCACACAUACAUUAAAAAAGACCAAGGAAGAAUGGAGAGAAAAAGCGGCCAUUGCCUAUCUAUGCACACACACACAUAA